AUGCCUUCUCUCGUUGGAAAAGAAAUUGGCUCUACUGGCUAUGGCACCAUGGGCAUGACGUGGAGAGCCCAACCUCCAGCCCAGGAUGUAUGCUUUGAGACACUGAACACUGCCCUUGAGCUUGGUGCCAAUUUCUGGAACGGUGGUGAGCUUUACGGCACACCAGAGUACAACUCUUUGCACUUGUUGAACAAGUAUUUCACCAAGUACCCCGAGAAUGCAGAGAAGGUCGUUCUCAGCAUCAAGGGUGGGUUGAAGAAGGGUGUCCUCAUUCCAGAUUGCUCAGAAGAAAACAUUCGUCGCAGCGUGGACGAGUGUCUGCUCCAACUCGAUGGCAAGAAGACAAUCGAUAUCUUCGAAUGUGCGCGGCAGGACCCGAAGGUUCCCGUCGAGCAAAUGAUUGAAGUUCUUGCAAAAUAUGUGCAAGAAGGCAAGAUUGGAGGAAUUGGCUUGAGCGAAGUCGAUGCUGGUACUAUUCGUCGAGCACACAAGGUGCACCCGAUUGCAGCUGUUGAGGUUGAAUUGUCUCUGUGGACAACCGACAUCCUAGAGAAUGACGUCGCUAAAACAUGUGCUGAGCUUGACAUUCCUAUUGUCGCCUACUCGCCUCUCGGUCGUGGUGUUCUUACUGGAACUGUGGGCUCACUGAGCGAUAUCCCCGAAGGUGACAUCCGACGUCACAUGCCCCGUUUCACCGAAGAGAACUUCCAGAAGAACCUAAAGCUCAUCAACGAGGUCACAGACCUGGCAGCUCGUAAGGGUAUUGCCCCUGCACAGAUUGCACUGGCUUGGGUGCGCAGUCAGAGUGCCAAGCCCGGUAUGCCUACUAUUAUUCCGAUCCCCGGUGGUACUACGAAGGACAAGGUGAUUCAGAAUAUGGGUGGAGCGCAGGUAUUGAGUGAUUCAGAAUUGGCUGAGAUUGAUGCUAUAUUGAAGGGUAAUAUUGUUGCUGGUGGUCGAUACUAA